AGAAGCAUCAUUCCACCACCAAAACCAACUGCGCCCUCUUUUCCCACUCUUCUCUCUUCCAAAUCCACACGCCCCCCCUCUCACUAUAAAACCCCCACGCUCUCAACCCUCCAUCUUCUCUCUCCUACAAUUUUCUCUCUUCUCAUUUCUCAAACACAUACACCAUGCGAUUAAGCUGCAAUGGUUGUCGUGUCCUUCGCAAGGGUUGCAACCUUGAAUGCCCCAUUAAACCCUGCCUCAAUUGGAUCAAAUCGCCCGAAUCACAGUCCAACGCCACCCUCUUCCUCGCCAAGUUCUACGGCCGCGCUGGCCUCCUCAACCUCCUCACCGCCGGCGACCCCAAGAUCCGCCCAGCUAUUUUUAAAUCUUUGCUAUACGAAGCUUGCGGCCGGAUUGUGAACCCGGUUUUCGGUUCGACCGGGUUGCUAUCGACGGGGAGCUGGCACUUGUGCGAAGCAGCUGUUGAAGCCGUUCUUAGCGGCGCGCCGAUUAGACAACAGGAUGCUUCAGAUGGCGGUGGCCAGCUGCUAAACCCGUCUGAUAUUCGCCACGUGGUGAAGAGGGGGAAAUCUUGCAGCUCCGAUCAUGUCCUUAAGCCCCGGAAGAGCCAGUUCAAGAGGCGCGCUGAGAAGUCGAAGCCGGAGCCGGAGGUUGAGCUGGAUCAGGGUGUAGCUGAGUUGGUGGUGGAGGCUUGCGUAGUGAAUGAGUUAGAUGACUCGGCGAGCCCUGACUCAGGGUCUGGGCUGAGUGAGCACGUAAGUGUUGUUGUUGGCGGCGGCGCAGAAGCUGAUAGCGGCUCAAUUGAGAGUGUCAAUCCGGCUCGAGCCGAUGACGGGGAGCUUGAGCUGGAGCUGACUUUGGGGUGUCAGUGGCUUUGAUAUUGACACGUAUAGGUAGGGGGAUGAUUUCUUUGGCCAGUUCAAUUUCUGUUUAUCGUACAAGACAAGAGACAUACUAGUUUUAGCCGCAGUUAUAAAAUAUUUAAUUAGAUUUUAGUGGUAAAUAUAUUAAUAUAUGAUAUAUGAUAUACUAUGAGCUUAGGUUGGUGGUGAUAUAUGUUUUUUGUUCACCCCAAUUCACUUGCGACAAGCUUGGGGUCUUUCAGAUGUGUACAUUGUGAAGAGAAUUUAUAGAAUUAAAUUUUCUCUUUUAGCAAUUCAAAAAUUGGUUCAUAUGAUCAUAUUGUUGCAAA